AUGGCUAAACACCUCACGCAUCAAAUCGCUUUUCCACCGUCUCUCAAGCCAAACCCAGGCCAGCUCAACAGAUAUGUCACCCGAGUCUCGUCGCAAACAGGCUCUCUAGCUCAAAUAGCACAAAGAUCCUCUCGCUGGAACCAUGAGCCACUUUCACACAAUCGCUCGUUAGCACAGCUGUCUCCCAUACAGCCCGAUGGGCCGUGGAUUACAGCUGUUUCCUCUACACACUUCUCGCAAUCGAAUCUAGCCGCGCAAUAUGGCGAACCACAUGGGGAUGGAGAUCAUAAAUCGCCAGAUGAAAGAAUAGUUAAACUGGGAAAGACUCUUCGUACCCUCUCGAAACAGCUGCCUACAAUCCUCGUUAACGCACUACCGCAAGAGAUUCUUUCGCCGAGUAUAUCUCUCCAUUUAUUCCCAUCUACACACCCACAUCUUCCUACCGUUAAAGGACGAGUUCCCUAUCGAGCUGCUUUAUGGACUGCUCCUGUGGCAUGGGGCAGUGUUCCUAUCAUCGGGAACGUCAACUUACGAAUAGUAAGCGAGCGGGUAGUCCCAACAGGUGUUGCUAAUGAAAGCGAUCGGAAUGAUAGUCCUGGUGGUGAAAAACUUGUUGUACGCUGGGUGACCGAGGGUGCAGACCGCCCAGCUUCUAAAGUCGGCCGCGGCUCAGAGGUAGAUGAUUACAUUACACCAGACCGAGCGCAUCGGGAACAAAGCACAAACAAGGAAAGCCCCAUGAGCUCAUCUUCCGCUAUAAGUGGGACAAAUAGGGGACUCAGCAUGUUGCUCGGCGGAGAAAUGCCUAUAUUCAAACUUGGAAAAGAGGAGCAGUUUACCGGACUUUUCAUUUUCACUUUCGACGAAGAAGGCCGGAUUGCUACGCAUACGAUUGAGCAUGCCGACGAAGGCAACGGGUGGGAUCGAACCGCCAAGGUGGUCACUCUAACAGAUUGGCUCCUGGGAAAGGCAAAAGGAAGCGCCUCCGGACAGAUUGUUCCUCCUCAACCUGCCUUUGUAGCAGGAAAGGCUAGGGAAACUUCUCGGCCACGUUAUCGCUUCGGCCCGUUCGAAAUUUAA